AUGGGCUCUGAAUCACCAAGAUUAACUCGAUAUGCCGCCUUCGUGCACCUGGAGACAGGUGUUACGCAGAUUGGCCACCUGGAUUUGCAGGCUGGAACAGUGCAACCUCUACAGUUUCUUUCCGGCAGUCCGGUUGAGAGCCUUUUCCAGAUUAUUGAAGCUGGGUCCCUGCCGAUAGUUGCAUCCGCUGUGGGCAAGAACUACAUGGACCAUGCAAAAGAGUUCAAUUCUUCUGGAUACGAUAGUUCGGAUACAGUGGACCGACCGAGUCACCCCGUGAUCUUUACAAAGCGCGCAACAUCUAUUAUUGGACAUGAUUAUGAAGGAGAAAUUGGUGUAAUCAUCGGCAAGGCGGGUUUUAGAGUUUCGAAAGAGAACGCUAUGGAUUAUGUAUGGGGGUAUACAAUCAUUAACGAUGUUACAGCACGGGAAAAGCAAAGAGACCAUAAACAAUUUUUCAUUGGCAAGUCAGCCGACACAUUUUGUCCUAUUGGUCCUGCUGCUGUCCCCAAAGAAGAUCUGCCCUCCAUCUUACGGGUCCAGACGCAUGUGAACGGCGAGUUGCGACAAAACGCAACAACUGAGGACCUAAUCUUCGAUAUUCCGACCUUGAUUAGCACGAUAUCUGAGGGACAGACUUUGCAGCCCGGCGAUGUUAUCGCUUGCGGAACGCCUGCUGGAGUCGGCCUCGGACAUACCCCUCCACUGUACCUGAAGAGCGGCGAUGAGAUUACCGUCACUGUCCCCGGAAUUGGGACCCUUCAAAACAGGGUUUCAAGCGUCAACGAAGCGGCCAAGCCGCCAGUCUCGCAGUCAGCUUUCAAGAUCAGCAAUGCUUCUCGCUCACUUAAUGCCAACGUGGGGUUAACCAGCAUCAACGGCAAACCAUUAAACUACCGACGUCUCGGUUCCGGCAAGACAAAUAUCGUUUUUGUUCACGGCCUUGGUGCCACCUCCGAGUUCUACUCGCCGAUUAUCUCCCACUUACAGCUGGAGCAGGGAGCCACACUACACCUCUUUGACUUUGAGGGUCACGGCCUGAGCCCAACGCAUCCGCUCAGUGUGCUUACUAUGGAGUCUUUGGCAGCCGAUCUUGCAGGCGUCUUUAAGCAUUCAGGUAUCAGUGCAUUGUGCCCGGCUACGUUGGUUGCGCAUUCUAUGGGCUGCAUAAUUGCAUUGACUUUUGCACUUGCAAAUCCCGGCUUGGUAAAUAAGCUCUUGCUCCUUGGUCCACCACCCUCACCACUACCGGAGCAACUAAGAACAAAUACCGAUACGCGUGGCUAUAUUGCUCAAACACAAGGCAUGAAAGCUGUCGUCGAUGCUGUCGUGUUAAAUGGCACUUCGGAAAACACGAAAAGAACAAACCCCGUAGCUGUGACAGCCGCUCGGCUGAGCUUGCUUGGACAGGAACCAACGUCCUAUGCUAAGGCGUGCCGGGCGUUAGCAAUGGCUACAGCUGCAUUGCCGGUCGAGGCUGUAACGGCGCAGACGGUUAUUUUGACGGGCACAGAGGACAUUGUAUCCCCUCCAGAAGUGGUAGAGGAAUACUCUCGGCGUAUCAAAGGAUCGAAAGCUGUAGUGUUGCCAAAUGUCGGGCAUUGGCAUACUUAUGAAGAUGUAACGGCGGUAUCAGAGCAGCUGAAGACUUUGCUAUAG